AUGACAGAAGCCGAGUUAGGCCUGCUGCUCAUACAUCCAGCGGUGACGACGGAGCCGGAGCUACUUGCUAAAGCCCUGGAAGAGGCGGCAGCGAGCGGUGUGCAAAUUGCUGACCAGUUUCUGAUAACCAAGAUCAAUGACAAAUCGGUCGCUGUCGAGGACGAGAAGUACGAUGUGAUCUACUACCUGACUCCGGAGAAGAGGGACGCUAUCAAAUUCCCAGCCACGCUUAUUCCGGUGCUGGCGGAUGCCCUGAAGCCCAACGGGAAACUCUACGGCCUUCCCGACACCUACAAGCUCGAUGCGUUGAUCAACGGCUUCACCACGGCAAGCGAGGGCAGAUACCACUGGGUGAAGAGCGCUGUGCCACAGGACACGGCGACAGCCGUGCCGCUAAAAGCCAGGGCCAAUGGCGGCGGAGCGGCCAAGAAGCUGCCAAGCUUCAAGAGAGCCUCCAGUCCGGUCCAGGUCGCCCAGCAGGACAACGACAACGUCCUGGAAGACGAGUACGACGACGACAACGUCAACACCAGCGGCAAGGCCAAGUUCUUUGCAGAUCUACACAACCCGCCAGCAGAGCUCAUCGAGGAGGAAGAGCUGGUCGCCGACUCGCGCGACCCAACUGGCAUCACCAUGAUCACCUGCGGCAAGACCAAGACAAGAAGAAAGAAGGCUUGCAAGGACUGCACAUGCGGCAUGAAGGAGCAGGAAGAGCAGGAGGUGGACCAGGUGCGCAAGAACCAAGACGCCGUCGUCAAGUUCUCCGAGGACGAACUCACAGAGAUCGAUUUUACCAUAGAGGGCAAGAAAGUCGGAGGCUGCAACUCCUGCUCGCUGGGAGACGCCUUCCGGUGCUCGGGAUGUCCCUACUUGGGGCUUCCAGCUUUCAAGCCGGGCCAGAAGAUCAACAUCGGCAGCAUCCUAGACGACAUCUAG